CAAGUUCUCUACAGAAAGGAGGGAGAGAGAGAGAGAGAGAGAGAGAGAGAGAGAUGGCUGGAAAUCAAGGUAGGAGAUUAUCAUGUGUUGCGGGAAUUUGGAUGGGAUUGAUCAUAAUACUACUAGUAGCUCAAGCACUCGUGGCGGAGGCAGCAGCUGAUGAUCAGACGGUAAAUGAAAGCCCCUGCGUUUCGGCAUGUCGGAAGAAAUGCUUUGCAUGUUAUUUCAGACGCUGUUAUGUUCUUCCCUGGUGCUUUAACAAGUGCAAAGCUAAGUGCAGUGCAAGGGUUGUUUCUGAAGCCAUAAAUGUGCCUUUCAACUGUGCAAAACACAAGUGCUCCAAAUUUGCACCAGAUUUGAAGGAAUUUGAAGUCUGUGCAAACAGUUGCAACCACGACUGCAACGCCAAAUAGUCCUAGUGGUUCUUAACUUCCUACUUUAGUCCUAUCACAAAAUAUGAGCAACAUAUGUAGCUGUAAAGGCAAUGUUUAAUGUCAAUAUAUCCUUCAUGGAUCCGAUGAAUGCUUCAUCUUGUGUGGACCUGCUAUCUGAAAUUUGAACUAAAAAAUGCGUUCAAA